UCGCUCGUCAAUUGACAACGAUAGCAGCAUUACGAUUCUCAAUGUACCGGCAGUACUCGUAUACACCAGAAAUUGGUCUCAGGAGACUGGGCAGUCUACUGGGCUACCUCUGCUUUGCUUCUGCUUGGUGGUGUUGGCAGAUGGAUCCAGCGCCCCUCUCACCCCACAUGGCCAUAAUUUGCGGGAAUGGGGAGCAAAACAAUCAGCAUCUGCCUUGUCCCUUCACGUGGCAUCAAUACAUUGACUUGGGUGCUUUUUCCUUACUGAAUGGGGAUGUAGACAUCAUCUUACCUGUGCACCUGCCGCUCUGACGCCGCCUAUCAGGC